AUGAAAGUUAAGAAUGGGAAUAGUUGUCAUUGUUUUUUCUAAUCAUAAUUUAAUUAGUAAAAGUAGAUUUUAGUCUGCAAAAAUGGAUAUUAUGAAAUAUUACAAAAGUAACUUAAUGGGUUGAAUUUCAAUUAGUUUAAGUCAUUAAUUUUGGAACAGGAACUGUUUUUGGUAAAUUAACAGAAAAUGGGUAGUUUAUUGUAAUUUGGAUGA